AUAAUAGUGUUUCUAAUGCACUCCACUGGAAAGUGAUGAAACCUCACAUGCACGUACGUAUGAUUUCUAACGAGGGCUGUAUCACUCGAAGAAAGUGCUCGAGAUUUUAUGGAUUUCGAAAAUCCUUUGGGAUUUUUCGAGAUUUUUUGGAAUUUUUAGGGCUUUGAUACAGGGGCCGGUUGUUCAAAGCUGGAUUAGCGCUAACCCUGAAGUAUCUCCGUAACGUUUCUAUAUAUAUAGAAAAUAUUUCCAUAUUUAUAACGUUUAUUAUUAGCAUGACAAAAUUACUGGAUGCUGAUUGGUUGAGAGGAGUACAGUUAUUUCAUUAAUUGUACUGCAGUACAAUUAAUGAUUUUCCCAAAACAAACAAAAUGGCGGAAAGAUAUUUUAAACACAAGCGUGAAAUGAAAUUGCCGUGAAGGAACUAGAUGAAAAUACGAACAAAAGCACCAAAUUUUGCUUGAACAAAAGAACUAAAUGAAAAUACAAACUAAAGCACCAAAUUUUGGGUGAAAGUGUGACAGAACUGGGCUUUGACGAGAGAAUAUGAUGUUGACAUUGAGAAGUACGUAUCCAAUUUUGUCAUGCUAAUAAUAAACAAGUAAUCAUGCGAUGUUGCUCGUACAAUUAGAGAUUAAUAGUACUCACGAUGUUUGGAAAUUUGCCAAAUUGGACUCGCCCCGGCGGCUCGUCCAAUUUUGGCAAAAUUUCCAAACAUCACUCGUACUAUUAAUCCCUAAUUGUACUCGCCAUCGCAUGAUUACCUAUACUAACCCAGGAUUAAGCUAACCGACUUUCGAACAAUGGGCCCCAGAUUUUAAUUUUUAGGGAUUUAUACAGAUUUUUUAAGGAGAUUUUUUAAAGUGAUACACCCCUCGAUUUAUAACUUGUAGUUGCCAUUUUUAAAAUCACUUUUUUGCCGCCUUAUUGUAGCUAAAUUAUCACACCCGCUGUGCAUAAAACCUUCAAAAUUGUUAAGAGGCAUUAGCGAUGAAAAGCGUUCAAAAUCAAAAACUGUUUGGCGUGCUUCUCAAAAUGAAUGUAUUGAAGUAAUAGUAUUAUUUUCUAUUAUAGUUUCUACAGUUAUAGCUACCUUUUUAAGUGCGUCUGACGGAUGAGUAAAAAAUUGUCAAUUAAAAUUCUCCGGUUUCUUAUGACGUCACAUCUACUCAAGUGGGCGUCAACUGUCAAGGGUCUGUGUCAGGGGUAAAUGACGGCUUUUAUAUUGUUUUAUAUUGGCUUUUAUAAUAGCCGCAUAACUCAUUUACAUACGAUGCAUAGACAUCCAUUUUGUUUCUUUGUUGUUUUAUUUGACCUCAGUUCAAUGAUUGACCCCCACUUGAGUCAAAUUAUCCUAAAACAUCACGUGAUUGAAACCCAAGAAUACAAUUAUGAAUAAUGCUUUAAAUUUGACGCCAUAUUUACAGCAAUAUGAGCAAAACUUAUUGAAUUUUAUGCAGGCAUAAUUAUCUCUUAUACUAUCUAAACUCUCAUUUUUUUAAUUUUAUUAUAUUGUUACGGAACACUCUCACUUAUAUAUAAAGUUUUAGGUUAAAAAUAAAAUAACAGAAGAUAUUUGCUUGAACGCAGGUGAAAGGUUCGUGCAAGCAAAUAUUAUCCUAAGCAUAAUGAGAGGAGAUAAUAGAUAUUUUGCCACAAAUCAAAGUAAAAUAAAUAUAUUUCGGUUCUUCGGAAAACAUUCAUUAUUCCUUCCAUUAGGCUAUGACAGUUUGUUCGACUAGCAGCCGUUAUAUAUGCGAAGAUGUGAUGUUGUGAUUGACCUGUUUCCUAUAGUUUAUCUUGUGAGCAGAUUUGUUUAUUAAAAAGAGCAGCUGUCUGAGGUCUCAUGAACAUUGACCUUUCACGUGGACAGACUCUAGGCUUAAAAAUUGGUCAUCCCAAGCUAGAUAACACUCGGUCAUUCAAUUAUAAUAUUACGUCAUCAAAAGCUUACUUCGGUAAGUUCCCUUUAAAAAAUAAGUAAAUUCAUAAAAUAAGGGUUAUAUGCUUAUAGUUCGAACAUUUUCCUAUAAGAUAAGUCUAAGUUAGUUAAGUUAUGAAGAUUCUUAAACUUGAUCAACCGAGCAUAUAACCGACUUGAGAAGUACGGCGACGCCGUGAAUAAACAAAGAUAGAGAGCUGGUACGAGAGUUCGAAAGUACACCACCUCGGUGCUGAAAAUUGAAUGCUGACCGCGCUUCUGGCGAGGUGUAAGAGACCGUCGUUUCAGGUCGUAUAUAGGCGUCUUUGGUAGUUGGAGGCCGAUCCUCCACCAGUUGUUAUGUAUCGUCUUUAAUUAAUACGUGAGGAACGGAAUCGUUAAGCUUAUUUAUUACGGUUCUAAUUCGUUCUGAGUUUCGUUCUGUUUUCUUAUUCUGAGUUUCUGCUUGACUUUGGGUCCACUGCUAGUUCUGCAUUCCCUGCUAGUUCUUCAUUCUCUGCUAGUUCUACAUUCUCUGCUAGUUCUGCACUCUCUGCUAGUUCUGCAUUCACUGCUAGUUCUGCAUUCUCUGCUAGUUCUGCAUUCACUGCUAGUUCUGCAUUCACUGCUAGUUCUGCACUCUCUGCUAGUUCUGCAUUCUCUGCUAGUUCUGCAUUCUCUGCUAGUUUUGCAUUCCUUGCUAGUUUUGCAUUCCCUGCUAGUUUUGCCUUUCCUGCUAGUUUUGCCUUUCCUGCUAGUUUUGCAUUCCCUGCUAGUUUUGCAUUUCCUGCUAGUUUUGCAUUCCCUGCUAGUUUUGCAUUUCCUGCUAGUUUUGCAUUCCCUGCUAGUUUUGCAUUUCCUGCUAGUUUUGCAUUCCCUGCUAGUUUUGCAUUUCCUGCUAGUUCUGGAAUCUUUUUGCUGGCCACUUCCUUUUAUACUAUACUAGCGGUCGAGGGGAACUUUGUGCAUGUGACUACAAAUGUGGGGUGAUUCAAGUCCAACCAAUCAGCACCGAGGUGGUGUACUUUCGAACUUUCGUACCAGCUCUCUAUCUUUGUUUAUUCAGGGCGUCGCCGUACUUUUCAAGUCGGUUAUAUGCUCGGUUGAUCAAGUUUAAGAAUCUUCAUAACUUAACUAACUUAGACUUAUCUUAUUGGAAAAUGUUCAAACUAUAAGCAUAUAAACCUUAUUUAUGAAUUUACUUAUUUUUUAAAGGGAAAUUACCGAAGUAAGCUUUUGAUGACGUAAUAUUAUAAUUGAAUGACCGAGUGUUAUCUAGCUUUGGAUGACUCAUUCUUAAGCCCAGAGUCUGUCCACGUGAAAGGUCAAUGUUCAUGAGACCUCAGGCAGCUGCUCUUUUUAAAAAACAAAUCUGCCCACAAGAUAAACUGUAGGAAACAGGUCAAUCUAGUCGAACAAACUGUCAUAGCCCAAUGGAAGGAAUAAUGAAUGUUUUCCGAAGAACCGAAACAUUUUUACUUUAGUUUGAUUUGUGGCAAAAUAUUCAUUUAUAUCUGCUCUCAUUAUGCUUAGGAUAAUAUUUGCUUGCACGAACUUUCACCUGCGUUCAAGCAAACAUCUUCUGUUAUUUUAUUUUUAACUUAAAAUUUUAUAUAUAAGUGAGAGUGUUCCGUAACAAUAUUACAGAUACGGCACUAAACAUCCUUUUUAAGUUUGUUUGCUGAUUGAGAAACAAUCAAAUAUGAAAAAUGAAAAAUUUUGAUACGAUCCAUUUUACGCAACAUACUGUAAAAAAAACUACUCCUGUAAACCUUUGAAAUGGUCAAGCACUAAAACAUGUUGUAACUCUAUAGGCAAUUAUUGUCGAAGUCGUAUUUCCUAUAAUGUGUUACACGGACGAAGAUCAAGAAUUAUGGGAAGAUGAUCCAUACGAGUUUAUUCGAUUCAAGUACGGUAAGGCGAAACAUGCAUUCUAAAGAGUAAUUAAAUUCUCGGCAGUAUUAGGGCAAGCCUCUGUAGACUGUAAGUUACAUGGUUUCAAACACAAAAUUGUAGUAUACUUUGAAAUUAUGCAUUGAUUUCAAAGUACAAGCUCUUUAGAAAAAAGUCAAGGUGUCCUGUAUUAUGAUAUUUUGUGUUGGUGUAAUGUACUCAGGUGAAUAUGAUGCUUGUGAUGUUACUCUGAGUGUAUAUCCACACCGGGCAAGCUUGAAAAAUAUACCUGGCCACGGUGGGAAUCGAACCUACGACCUUUGCAAUACUAGCCCAAUGCUCUGCCAACUGUCCUGUAUUAGUUUAAAUCAAAUCAAUCAAAUCAAAUUUUUAUUAGCCAAAUUCAGAUACAAUCAAUCAAUACAUUAUUUACAUAUUUGCAAGUUGAGUUUUAAUAUAUAUUUAAAGUUUCAAAAGAAGAAAAAAAAUUAAAUGACAAGUUUCAAAACACUAAUUAAAUAUUGAUUUCUUUUGUUUUUGUUAUUGCUUUCAUGAAGUAUUAAUGACUUGAGAAUUGUAUGUAUUCUAUAGAAAAUAACGCUCUAUAUAACUUGCCAAAUAUAAUUUUUAUACGUGUGCAGGCAUGCAGUGGUGAACGAACCUAGGCAAAUCAUUAGCCAAUUUGGGUGCUAGCGCAGUCUCCGGGAUAAAUAGCAUCAGUUGUCAGAAGUGCGCAAAUAGAUGAUGGCCGUCUGUCUAGGGGGGGCUUUGAUCCUAACCCUAACCGUUACCUCUGACCCUGAUUUGAUCUUAGUCUAACCCUACUCCCGUUACAACGGACACCUUGGACGUACUGUGUCGACGAAAAUGACAAACAGAAAAUAUAAAUGUCAUUCAAGAAUGCCGUGAGCGAAAGACCACACCAAAGCACAUUAGGGAGGUACUUCAUCACAGAAUGAAACUGUCUAAAACGUGCAGAUAUGUCUGACUUCGUGUAGUUUUGUUACUGUUAUAACACUUGGUUUUGGAAUAAAAAAUUUUUUGAAUACAGAUGUGUGACUUCUACUUUUACUUGUACUGUGUGGUAUCACAGUAAACGUAAACUAGAAAUUGAAGAAACUGGACAUUUUAAAAGAAAAAAAGCAGUAAUACAUUGAAGUGACAUUUUACAACCUGAAAUCGGUUUAUUUUUAUCGCACCUCGCUAUUGCGGACACUAAAUAUAUAUGAUGGUCCCCAUGCAGGGUCUCCGUUAUAACGCAAAUUGACUAUAUACACUGUUGUUUCGUUUUAGACGUAUAUGAGGAUUUUGUAUCGCCAGUUACUGCUGCCCAAUGCUUAUUACGGAGCGCUACAGAAAAGCGGAAGCAAGUAUUGGAUCCUGUCAUGAACUUCUGUGUACAAAUCCUGAACACACCAGCAGAAACAAGAGAUCCGAGACAGAAAGAUGGUAUUCUACACAUGAUUGGUACUUUGUCGGACAUUUUACUAAAGGUAGCUUAUUUCUAGACGAUAUCCUUUGAUUCUAUCAGAUUCUAAAUAGAUUUGUGUAAAAUCUCAGACUGCACGAGCGUAUCUUAAAUGGAAUGGAUAAUAGGAUACUGACGGACCUGAGCUAAGUGUUGCUGUUCUACUUGCACGAUUAUAUGUGUGCGGCACUUGCCUGAUGCACAGUUGUCAGGGAGACAAAAGGAUUUGACCCUUGCCAACGGGCAAAUGAUAUGCACAUAGUAAUACCCAGAUUGGACGGGAUUCUAUUGUUCCGAACGGGAAUUUAAUGUCUAAAUUCCCGGUCGAACGGGCGAUUUAUAAAUUUCCCGUUGGCAGAACGCACGUUUAUCAUGUGAUAUAACAUUAAGUAUCUGAUCGUAUCAUUGUGUUUCAGAAAAAGAAGUACAAAGACCAUAUGGAGUCCAUGCUUGUUCACCACGUUUUUGCAGAGACAACUAGUCCGUUGGGAUAUAUGCGUGCUAGGGUAAGUACCGUUGCAGACAUAAACUCUCUAAAGUUGUUUUAUGUGUAGCGAUACGUGCAACAGUUGCAGCAGCUUCUAAUGUUGUUGGCGUCAUGGGCGGAUUUCUGAGAGGUAUUCAGUAACGUGAAACUAUGAGUUAGAACAAGGAGCAUUCAUGCCAACGCAUGAUUGUCAGUGUUAACUAAAGGCUUGUUUACACGGUGGAUUUGUUAGAAAUGUGCUCAUGCUAAUAAUAAACAAGUAUUGAACUCAUGCAUGAUGUUUGGAAAUGUUGUCAAAUUGAACUUGCCCCGGCGGCGAUCUCCAAACAUCAUUCGUAUACUAUUAAUCCCUAUAAUUGUACUCGCAUAAUUACCUACUUGCUCAUCGCAUGAUUACCUACUUACUAACACCAAAUGUCGUACGUAUAUAAGUCCAUGCAUCAAAAUUAAGUGAUUACAUAAUUGCAUGUACAGUAUAAAUUAUGAGACCCGAUCCUUGUAAGAUAUCGAGACUUUGUAGAUAUUCUAAACUGUGGCCAUUAUUAUUAUUAUUAUAUUUGGAAGUUUACGGUAGCCCUGUUGUAGAAACAAAUUAUUUAAUGCCAUGUUUAACGAAAUGGUUUCUAUUUCUGUUGUAUAUUCCAUUUACUUCAAUUUUUACUACUGCAUAUACCAUUCACUAUAAUCUUAUAUUAUACCUCAAAUUCAAAUUGUCCAAUCAAAAAACAGCAUUUGUACCACGUGACAAAUUGAUAUUUUACGGUAUUUCACUCAAAUUCAUGAUUUUGCAAUGCAGCGUGAGAUACUAUAAUAUCCCACGGUAGAUCCAAGACCACCGUGGGAUAUUAUAGUAUCUCACGCUCUGAAACAAUAUGGCGUUUGCAAGCUGUUGUUUGUAAUUUCGUACAGAAGAUUUAUUGAUUUACCUUCAAUGACCCAAAGGAUAAAUACUCAAAUAUUUUAAAGAAAAAAACGUCAAAAACUCAGGUAUACAUGAGAAAUUGAAAUCGUAUUGAGCUCUAGUUUUAAAGUUUAUUCUGAAAUUUGUGGGUUCUUUAACUUAUAUAUAACGGUAUAAUAUAUCAUUUACAGGCCUUAAAAUAUAUUGUACAGGGCCGUCCGAUGACUUUGAGUUUGGGUCGGACAUAUGUGUGAUGAUGUCCGAUGACCAUCCUUCAGUUUAACUCGGAAAUAAGUCUGAAUGACACAAAUAUCAGCCUAAUGUAUUAAUUAUGAAAGGUAAAUGUUGUGAAGAUAUUAAAUAAUUUGUGUCAUUCAUACUUAUUUCCAAGCCAAAAUUAACUUGCAUGCAAACACCAACAGUAAGAUGUCGACACUUAAGUUCAUUUUCCACUUCACCAUUUCGCUCGCCGCCGGCAACAUUUUGAUUUACGUUGGACAAAGUAACAGUUCGGCCAAUACACUCAGGUCGGGCAAACAAUAAACCUCAGUUUCAUUUAGGUCGGACAGAAUGCCCGGUGGUUUCCUCCGUACGUCGGACAAUUUCACGAAUGGGUCGGACAAUGUCCGUGACCGACCGAUAUUUUAAGGCCUGCAUUUAUGGACCCUCCGCUCGUAGGGUUCGUCGAAAUAUUACCCCGAAUGAUGAUAUUUCCAAAUAUCAUCACUUUGGGUAAUAUACUCUUAUUUAGUUUAAUAUUGUAGUUUUUAUCGAUUAGAAGGGCCACAAGUUUAUCACCUUUAUAUGCCAUUUGAUUAAAUCAAACAAUGUAACUUUUGGGGGACACCCGGUAUGCAUUACUUCUUGAAUGUUGACUUUCUCUUAUCUAGGCGUGUUGGGUAUUAAACUAUUUUAGUAGAAUCCAAUUCAAAAACGAAGCCAAUCUUCAACGUGCAGUAGAGGAGGUGAGAGUCUGUCUGCUGCAUGAUAAGGAACUACCCGUCAAGGUUGAAGCAGCUCUGGCCUUGCAGUUUUUUAUCAAGAGGCAGGAUAAAG